UUGAAUUUGGUUUCUUCAACUAGGAAGACUUGUGAGUUUGUAGGCGAAUAACAGAUGUUUUAGGCGAUUUGAACUGGCAGGUUUGCUGUUCAUCUGUUCCUUCAUUUGCCUGAGUGAUUGCCGUUUACUGGUGAGAACGAUCGCGUGAUUAUUGCUGCGAUUCCGUCCUUGUUUUUACUCGCGUGAAUAUCGACUGUGACUCCGAACGUUCGUGUUGUUAUUUGUUGUUAAAUGAGAAGAUGUGAAUGACGAGGCAUCAAUGAGAGCCUCCCAUGAUCCCCGUGAUGAACCUCGAAUAUGAUAAAAAGCCAACAGGAUCAAACAAAUUGUAUACGAACUCACGAAUUACUCUGUAGUGACUAACAACAAUUCGCAAUGACGUCUCUGCCGUUCCUCGUGUUGAGUGUAUGGUGUUUAUUUACAGUAUCUUACGCAGCAAUAUUGAAUGCGUCGAGUACUAAUAAUGUACGAAGAACCUACAAGAUGGGUUUCUUGAUUCCCUUCAACGACGACAAAACGUGCCUCUCACAGCCUGAUAAGCCCGCCUCGCAAUACGCGCCUGCGAUACUCAUUGCCAUGGACGACAUUAAGAACGAUACUAGUUUGACAUUCAACCUCACCUGGGUUUGGAAUGACACAAUGUGUAACGAGUCGUUGGCGCUCAGACAGCAAGUGUGGCAGCUCAAUAAUGGCGUCGAUGUCUUUGUUGGUCCGUCAACAAACUGUGCAACUUUUGCACGGAAUGCCGUCGCCUUCAAUCUUCCUGUUAUGUCCUAUCAAUGCGAGGACGCUGCAUUAUCAAACAAGGCCCUGUACACAACAGUCGCGCGAACCUCGAUAAUCAAUUCCCACAUUACGCCGCCAUUGAUAGCUAUUUUGAAAUUCUAUCGUUGGAGAAAAAUUGCCAUCGUUUAUCAAAAGAAGACGAAUUGGAUCAAAACCUACGAAUACGUGUCGAAGAAGCUGACGCCAGAAAAGAACAACGUGACUGUCACGUACACAGAAGCGCAUAAGAUGAACCUGCAAAAAUUUCAUUUGGGCGAUUAUAGUGAUGUCAAAGCGUCUCUGAAAAGGAUUAGCGCGAAGGCGAGAAUUGUGGUUUUGCUCAUGGACAAGGAGCUGAAAACGGAAUAUAUGCUCUCAGCCUACCAAGAACGUUUGAUUCAAACUCAAGAAUACGUCUUUAUCGGAUUUCAUCUGGAUCAAGAUGUAAAAUUGAUACCAACCAAGAGAUAUUUCAGCUAUUUUUCCGGGUCAACGAACAUGGAGGAUAUAAUGAAAAGUUUUGGCUCAUUACUGAUCAUCGAGGCGAGGCCAGUCACGUACGAAAAAGGCAAACGCGAAAUGACGAAAGUUUAUCGACAAUUUUCCGAAAAACUGCGGAGUUUAGCGAACAAACCGCCUUUUAAGACGGACAGUUUUAAAGGCUGUCUAUAUGCGGGUGGUACAAGGAACUGCACUGGACCAAAUUGUACGUGUAUAUAUCAGAAAAAUUCAAGUAAUGUUCGUAUCGAGGGAGCGCAUUUGUAUCACGCUAUUCGACAAUAUGCAUACGCUUUGAACAAAACUUUGGCCAAAAACCUCGAACCGAACGGUAUUAAUAUUAUCAACGCUUUGAAGGGACACGCCUUCGAUAGUAUUUUUGGCCAUAAGCUGGCGUUUGAUGAGCAAGCAGAUGUGAUGUUUAAUAUGACACUUGUACACCAGGAAUUUGUGAAUGGAACAUUUGAAGAUAGCAAUUGUGUCCCGUUUAAUCAAGCAGCACCAUGUUAUGACAUGAAAAGAUAUGCGGAAUUUUGGUUGAACGAGAAAAACAUUGGUGAGCAGAUAUUUCACGAGGUGAACCCGAAGUUGACCUGGUAUGCGGGAAGAACGAGCGUUCCUCCAGACACGCCGCCCUGUGGCUUCACCGGCGACCUUUGCAAAAAAACUGAAAAAUCUGACGACAUUAAGAAGAUCAUUGGUAGCGUUUCUGGCAUCUUGGCUUUGUUGCUUCUUUUGUUACUUUACAAUAUAUACAGGCAGUAUUCCAUGGAAAAGAAACUGCACAGUUUGUUGUGGAAAAUUGAUUCCAAUGAAAUCUCUUUUGAAGCUCGAAGGAAUUCACAAAUUUCCAUUGAGAGCGGGGUGAUUGGAUCUUUGAUGCAAGACAAUCAUUCAAGUUCAAGUGAACAGGGAAAGCAUCGGGAUUACGAGCCAACAGACACGCUGUUGGAAAACAAUGACGACGAUCCUACCACAAUCAAAUACACAACAGUGGGACUUCUAAAGGGAAACUAUGUUGCGAUUAAAAAACUUUCAAAGAAAUCUGUUGAUCUGACGAGAAACGUUUUGAAAGAAUUAAAUCUGAUGCGGGAAGUUCGUCACGAGAAUCUCAACCCAUUCCUCGGAGCCUGUGUUGAGCCAGGAAAUAUUUGCGUUGUCACUAGCUACUGUCCGAAAGGAAGUUUGCAGGAUAUUUUGUUGAACGUUGACGUGAACUUAGAUCACAUGUUUAUAUUAUCGCUGGUAUAUGACAUCGCGAAGGGAAUGACAUUUCUCCACAGUACAGAUAUAAAAGUUCACGGGAAUCUCAAGUCCUCCAAUUGUCUCGUCGAUAGUCGUUGGCAGCUGAAAAUCACGGAUUAUGGUUUACCGACGUUCAAAUCGAAACAACUAAAGCCGUAUAGUUGCGAGCACGCUAAAUACAGAGACAUGUUAUGGAAAGCACCUGAAUUGCUUCGUUCGUCCAAUAUGAACGGUCGAGGUACACAAGCGAGUGACGUUUACAGUUUUGCGAUCAUUCUUCAGGAAUUUCACACCAGAAAGGGACCUUACAGUCAUAAUUUCGAAGACAUCAGAGAAAUCAUAGAACACGUGAAAUCAAUCGAAUUCCCGCCCUACCGACCAGUCGUCCCAGAUCUGAUCGAGAAAUUGGAAGAGCUACGCGAGAUGGCAAAGGAAUGCUGGAACGAUGUCCCGCAAGAGAGACCAGCGUUCGCUGAACUAAAAAAACGCAUCCAUCGUCUGCUGGUAAAAUUGAAAAUGAAGACCAAUAUUCUUGAUAACAUGAUCUACAUGAUGGAAAAGUACACGGACAACCUUGAGGAAUUGGUCGUAGAGAGGACGGGGCAGUUGAUUGAGGAGAAAAGAAAAACGGAUAAUCUUCUGGAACGCAUGUUACCGUCGUCUGUCGCCGAGCAAUUGAAGAAAGGCAAAUCAGUCGAAGCCGAGUCAUUCCAAUGUGUCACGAUCUAUUUUAGCGACAUCGUCUCGUUCACUGAGCUCUGCGCUGAAAGCACACCAUUACAGGUUGUUACCUUGCUCAACGAUUUAUACACGCUUUUUGACGAAAUAAUCCGAGAUUUCGAUGUCUAUAAGGUUGAAACGAUUGGCGAUGCCUACAUGGUUGUGUCCGGUCUGCCUCAGAGAAACAACAAUUUGCAUGCUUCUGAAAUAUCCUGCAUGGCUCUUCGCAUCAGAGAUUCCGUGCUGGACUUCAAAAUCCGACAUAAACCGAACCACAAGCUCAUGUUAAGGAUCGGCGUUCACUCGGGCCCGGUCGUUGCCGGCGUCGUAGGCCGAACUAUGCCGAGGUACUGCCUCUUCGGAGAUACCGUGAACACCGCGUCAAGACUGGAGUCGAGUGGUGAUGCUCUGAGAAUUCACAUAAGCAACAGUACGAACGAAAUCUUGGAAGAACUUGGCGGCUUUCGAACCCAGGAACGUGGAGAAAUCGCGGUCAAGGGUAAGGGCGCUCUGGUGACGUACUGGCUGCUGGGGGCAAAUAGCGACGUCCCCCGCUCUCCACACAGGGAGAUGGUCCACGCAGACCUUCAGUUGUCCCGACCCCCGGGUCAGGCAGGACUUUUACUCCGAGAGUUCCAUCACUCGAAUAUUUCGCUCCGUGGUUCUAUGCGCGGAUCCUUUCGGAACUCGCCGGCAAUUUUGCGAAACGGCGGAGGUCACGUGGCGCACGAGUCGCCGAGGAUGGUUCGUUGGAAGAAAGCAGACGAAGAGUUGUUAAUGAAUGGAAUUGCGUGAGGACGGGGGGGGGGAGCCCAAUGGGUAACACGCCUGCUGGUCGCUUGCUACAAAGUUGUUUUAAGAGCUUUUGCCUUCGCUGUCCAUAGCCAACGGUAGCAGCAUCGUCACAAGUGAUUUUGUAAUGCACUGGAUAUUCUGGCUUCAUUUUCGAUUGGUAUAUUUUCUUCAUCCAGUGUAUUACGCGAUCAGUGAUCGCUACAACUUUGUCGUCAAGCUUUGCAAAUUAUUUUUCGCGACCACGUCUCGCGUGUAAGACGUGAAUUUUCGCGCGUGUACCGGGGGUGGAAUUGUAAAUAUAUAUAUGUAUAUGGUAAUCAGUGAUGUAUCUUCGACGCCACUUGUUCUAAAGAACCGAUUCGUCUUGUAUCCUCCCGAAAGAAAAAAAUGCAAACUAUGGAUCGAAUAGACCAUUCUAUGGCUCGUUAUUAGAACGAGGAAAUACUGAUGAUUAUUUUGAAAUAGUAAAUUAGAUUUUAGAGUAUAAUUUAUAGAAACAUAUUUGAAUUGUCGAUCCGGAAGGUGACAGUUUUCCAACAAACGGUGCCCGCGAUUAGCGUUGAGAAAUAUUCGAACAAAAUGUCCCGACCCGACCCAGGACUUCCAUGUUACCGUCACAAACGGUGGUCCUGGGUUCGAGGUAGAAAACACAAAACAGAACAUUUCGUUAUAAUAGUCAUUGCAGGUUUUAGACUCAUGAAGAGCCCUUUCCACCUAAGUUCUAGUAACCUUGCGCAAAAGAGAAAACUCGUUAGUAAACGUGAAUAUAUAGAUUCAUUACAUACUAUUAUUUAUCAAUCUAUCGUGACACCAGUUGAUUUCAAACUUUGAGACAGUAGAUCCGUGGGCGAAUAUUCAUUCCUGGGAUUAUUUCAUGAAAAUGUUCCUCUGGCCAGAGUUGGUUGAAAUGUGCAUUGAGUUAGUUUAUGUAUUUUAUUUGUAAUAUAACCCACUGACUUUUGUACAGAAUUACGUUAUAUAAAUAGAAGGAAUACCAAUUGCACUGUGUAGGGAAAGUUUUGUUUGAGCGUCAUGUUACGGUUUUUUAAACUAAAAAAUCCUUUGAAAAGGCGUAGAAUGGGAGAUUGUUUCGCCCAAUUUGAACGCAAAGUCGUGUAAACUUUGUUUAAAGUUCUUCUUCAACAUUUUUGCCUAGUUUUGGCCAAUUGAAUAGACUUUAACUCUUUGCAAACAUUGGACUGGACAGCUUAUACAAACAUAAAAACCUUUAUAAAUAAUUUAAUUCAAUGCGAGGCGUAGGACAAUCUAGGACAAUAAACUACAU